AUGUUGUCGCGCGUGCUGGAUGGUGGCGUCCAAAAGCAGAGGGAGAAGGCAAAAGCAAUCCGGUGUCCGAGCGUGGUUGUGGGCCAGGAGAGAGAGUCCAAAGUCCAGGCAAUGUGUCGCGGAUCCAGGAGAGCAAAUCAGGGUUCCAGAGAGGAUGGCAGCAGGAAUGGAGACAGGGGCUGUGGGAGGAAGGAGAGACCAAGGAGAUCACAAACAAGGCAGGAGGAAAACGAGCACAGGAACAAAUGGCUGGAGAGAGUCAGACAGGUCCAAGAAACAAGCAAAGCCUCUGGAUGGCAAGCAGAUGACGAAGGACAAGUAGACAGUGGACAAGUAGACGGCGGGCGACUAGAUGAAGGACGACUAAACGGAGGACGGCUAGACGGAGGACGGCUAGACGGAGGACGGCUAGACGGAGGACGAGAAGACAGUGGACAAGUAGACGGCGGGCGACUAGAUGAAGGACGACUAGACGGAGGACGGCUAGACGGAGGACGAGAAGACAGUGGACGAGUAGACGGAGGACGAGUAGAUGAUGGCGGACGACUAGAUGAACGUCGACUAGACGGAGGACGUGUAGACAAAGGACGAGUAGACAGAGGACAAGUAAACGGAGGACGAGUAGACAGAGGACGAGUGGAUGAUGGAGGACGACUAGACGGAGAACGAGUAGACAAAGGACGAGUAGACAAAGGACGAGUAGACGGAGGACAAGUAAACGGAGGACGACUAGACGGAGGACGAGUAGACAAAGGACGAGUAGACGGAGGACGAGUGGAUGACAGAGGACGACUAGACAGAGAACGAGUAGACAAAGGACGAGUAGAUGGAGGACAAGUAAAUGGAGAACGAGUAGACGGAGGACGAGUGGAUGACAAAGGACGACUAGACGGAGGACGACUAGACGGAGGACGAGUAAACAAAGGACGAGUAUAUGACGGAGGACAAGUAGACGGAGGACAAGUAAACAGAGGACGAGUGGAUGACGGAGGACAAGUAGACGGAGGACAAGUAAACAGAGGACGAGUGGAUGACGGAGGACGACUAGACGGAGGACGAGUAGACAAAGGACGAGUAGAUGGAGGACAAGUAAACGGAGGACGACUAGAAGGAGGACGAGUAGACAAAAGACGAGUAGACGGAGGACGAGUGGAUGACAGAGGACGACUAGACAGAGAACGAGUAGACAAAGGACGAGUAGAUGGAGGACAAGUAAAUGGAGAACGAGUAGACGGAGGACGAGUGGAUGACAAAGGACGACUAGACGGAGGACGAGUAGACAAAGGACGAGUAGAUGACGGAGGACAAGUAGACGGAGGACAAGUAGACGGAGGACAAGUAAACAGAGGACGAGUGGAUGACGGAGGACGACUAGACGGAGGACGAGUAGACAAAGGACGAGUAGAUGACAGAGGACAAGUAGACGGAGGACAAGUAAAGGGAGGACGAGUAGACGGAGGACGAGUGGAUGACGGAGGACGACUAGACAGAGGACAAGUAGAUGAAAGAGAACGAGUAGACGGAGGUGGAGUGGAUGACGGAGGACGACUAGACGAAGGACGAGUAGACAGAGGACAAGAAGAUGCAGCGGGCGCGUCCUUGAAGUUCCAGCACAUGUCCAAGGACUUACAGAUCAUCUCCACCAAGUACAAAACCCCGGCGUACGGCUCCCUCAGUCCCUACGGUUGGCCUCAGAACUUCUCCCUGGACCAGCACCUCUACAAACCCAAGCCUCAUCCCAAAGUGUUCCCCAAGUCCAAGAAGAUUCUGGGCUGGGGCGACUUUUACUUCAAUGUGAAAACUCUGAAGUUCAGCCUUGUGGUGACCGGGAAGAUCGUGGACCAUGUCAACGGCACUUUCAGCGUCUACUUCCGCCACAACUCCUCGCAGCUGGGAAAUAUCACCGUCAGCAUCGUGCCGCCUUCUAAGCCGGUUGCCUUGGAGGUUCUGGACCCGGUAGUUGAAAGCAUUCACACGGGGAACUUUGUCCUCUUACCAGACCUGGCGUCUCCAGUCCAAUCCAGCACAAUUCCUCCAGACCUUCCCAAGGAGCAGCAGGACCUGCCGGUCAUGACUGAGCUCAACUGCCGUGUGGACUACCAAAGAACCAACCGGUCCAAGAAGACCAAACCCUGCAUGUACGACCCGGGUCAGACCUGCUACUCGGAAAACACGCAGUCGCAGGCGGCGUGGAUCUGCUCUAAACCCUUUAAGGUCAUUUGCAUCUUCGUCGCCUUCACCGGCAUCGACUACAGGCUGGUGCAGAAGGUUUGCCCCGACCGCAACUUCCAGCCGGAGCAGAACCAGCAGUACUUUGGGUGACCGCUUCCAGAUGGACCGCCUGGUUUCUACUUAAAUGUGUUCCGGUCCUUGUCUCUGUUUGCUUUUCACAUCUGGAGGGAACACCAGUGGACCCCAGCAACUCCACAACAACACGGGAGCCAUUCGGUUUUUUUUUGGAUUUCCCCGAAAAAGUAUUGGAUCAUGUCUGAGGGUCAGAGUGUCAGGAUAAGGUGGCCGAAGGUCUGAGGGACUGAGGGACUGAGGGACUGAGGGAUGUGUUCACUCUUGUCAUGUUUGCUUGGGUUUAAAGGGACUCUGGUACCAGAGUCUGCUCUGAAAAGCAUUCUCAGGGCAGUGGAUCCAUCACAACUGGACUGUUGUGUUUGUCUUACAUCACGUGUGGACUCUCAUCCUUCAGCAGUUCAUGGUCAGAGACUUAGUCUGGUGGACUACAUCUGACCAGCACUUAGAUCGGUAGACCUGAUCCGAGUAGGACUUAAAUUAGUAGACAAGAUCUGACCAGGACAGAUUGUUCUCAGGGUUAAAAGACGUAGACUUUUUCUGCCAAAAUUGAAAGAGUGAAAAGGAUUAGUGAGACUAGAUCAAGAACUUUACUGAUGCAGGUUUUCGUGGGCCACUUGAAACGAUGUGGUGGCCCAGAUCUGUCCCCGGGACCUAAAGUUCCACACCUGUGACGUACAACAAUGUUUGCUUUUUCUCUUUCAGUUUGCAUUCAUGAAAAUAAAAGUCAGCGAGCAGAAACA